GCUUUAAAACUCGGUCCCACUCUUCACAACUCCACCUAUAUAUACCUCCUUCCUCCCUCUUCUUCCUUUCUCAGAGACAAACCCUACAACAACAAAAAUCUAUCUUGUCCAAACUCAUCUUUCUCUCUCCUCUAUCCUCUUUCUCUCUCUAAAAACUCAAAUUUCAAACAACAAUAACAAAAAAUGGUUGAUUUCGAUUGUAAAACUAAAAUGGUACAAUCAACCCCAAAUCUCACCAAAAAAUCCCCCAAACUCACCCCUAAACGAACCACGUCUAACCCCCUCAUUUCUCCGGUUCCAUUCACCGCCGGAGAAUUAUCUCCGGCGUCGGAAUCAUCUUGUUCAGCCUACGAAAGCUAUCUCCGCUUACCGGAACUCCAUCUGUUAUGGAGUUCCGUCGAAUUUCCGGGUUGGGAAAACGAGUCCAUUAUUCGACCCGCUUUACAAGCAUUAGAAAUCACAUUCCGGUUCAUUUCACUCGUGUUAAACGACAACAGACCGUAUUUGAACCACCGUGAAUGGAACCGGAGGUUAGAGUCGUUAGCAAGGGAUCAAGUCGAGUUAAUCUCUGUAUUAUGUGAAGACGAUGAGACACGUGGCGCAGCGCCGAUCGUUGAUUUGAGUUCAUCGUUUGGUGAGGUGGUCCCACAAACUGGAAGUUCCGCUGAAGUUUGGAAAUUAGCUGAUAAUGAACACAAUAUUACGGUGGUCUGCCGUAGUAGCGAAGCAAGUCUGUUGCCGCGGUUAGCCACGUGGCAGAAAUCGGAGGAGAUUUCUUCCAGAAUAUAUUACGCGAUUGAGUCGGCUAUGAGAAGAUGCGCGUAUACUUUGGGCCUGGGUGAGCCCAAUUUGGACGGAAAGCCCAAUUUGGAUUACGACGUUGUUUGCCGACCGUGUGAACUGCACGCGCUUAAGAAGGGCGCGUUGGAUCAUAUUCCAAACCCAGAAAACCAGAUAUUAUUCACGAUUCACCAGAUUUUCGAGUCAUGGGUUUUCGCAGCGAAGAAGCUGAUCGUCCGAGUAGGAGAGAGGAUCAGCAAAGAGGAAUUCAACAAAGCAACAGACGAUUGUUGGAUUCUAGAAAGAAUCUGGAAGCUUCUAGAACAAAUCGAGAGUCUUCACCUACUAAUGGAUCCCGACGAUUUCCUGCAAUUAAAAACGCAAUUGAAGAUGAAAACGACGUCGGAUUCAGAAACCUUUUGUUUCCGAUCAAAGGGGUUAAUCGAGAUAACAAAGCUAAGCAAAGACUUGCGACACAAGGUACCGGAGAUUCUAGAAGUGGAGGUGGACCCCAUGGGAGGGCCGGUGAUACAAGAAUCGGCAAUGGAGUUAUACAGAGAGAAGAGAAGGUUCGAGAAGAUUCAUCUGUUGCAAGCAUUUCAAGGGGUGGAAUCAGGUGUGAAAGGGUUCUUCUUUAGGUAUAAACAGUUGUUGAUGAUUAUGAUGGGGAGUUUAGAAGCCAAGGCUAAUUUCGCUGUCGUGGGUGGUUCUGAGUCGUCCGAUUUGUUGAGUCAGAUCUUUCUAGAACCAACUUAUUAUCCUAGCUUAGAUGGGGCUAAAACUUUUAUUGGGGAUUUUUGGGAGCACGAUCAAACACUUGAUAACGGUAAUAGUUUGGAUAAUCGGAGAAAUCGGACGGCUAAGCAUUGAGGGUUGUAAUGGGAGAACGUGGGACGGAAAGUGGUGGUGGUGGAGUUGUCGGUGAGACGUGGGUACUUUAAAUUACUAUUGAUGUUGCAUGUGAUAUACGGGGUCAUUAGUGGAAUAUUGGUUUUGUGUAUAUUAUUAUUAGGUUAAUUUUUUUGGAUUAAUUUUUUUCUUUAAAAAAUAUACAAGUUGUAUCAGUAAAAUCGUGUAUCAGAUGAGUAUACCAUGAUUUUUUGUUACAACUUUGAAUGAUAUUCUUCAAUCUUUUUACU